AUGUCACUAUCGCCGAGGUGCUCACCCCAGGCUGACGACAUUUUUGGCCCUGCGAUAGAUCACGCGUGCCGAUAUGGCUUUGAUUUCACGUUAUUGUUUGAGCAAGCCAUACUUGGCCUCGCUCCUGCGGUCACGUUUCUCCUCGUGUGCCCUCUGCGAUUGAAAGUCCUGGUUAAGAGAGACGUGCGGACCCAGUCUCACAUAAUGAGAUCAGCAAAGCUGAUAACUGCCUUGGCUUUUGCCGUGAUUCAACUUUCCCUCCUCAUCACCUGGGCCAAGAGCGCUCAGCUAGCUACAAAGUUCUCCGUGGCAUCGAGUGCUGUAAAUUUGGCAGUGGCGGUACAAAUUGUGAUCUUGUCGUGGGUUGAAGAUGAGCGAUCGGUCAGACCAUCAUCACUCCUCGCCAUAUACCUUCUCUUCACAUUACUCUUCGACAUUUUACAGACACGCACUUUGUGGUUCUCUCACGGAAACUCCCUGAUUCCUAGUCUCUUUACGGUCAGUGUCGCUGUCAAGACUGCAAUGGUGCUUUUCGAGAGCUUGGGGAAGCAGAAACACCUUAUUGGUUCCUAUCAACAUCUUCCACCAGAGUCAACAAGUGGAAUAUUCAAUGCGUCAUUCAUGUGGUGGCUGAACCGUCUAUUUUUCACGGGCUUUCGAUCAUUGCUUACGACUGGGGAUCUUGAUCAUCUCGACAAGCCCCUGGAGUCCGCGAGGACGGCGCGGAAAGCAUCGACGGCUUGGGCUUCACGCCAGUGUCCGGCACGCCGCUUCGAAUUCCCAUGGCAGAUGGGCCGAGCGUUUAAGGGCCCCAUUGCGGUAACCGUACUUCCACGUUUAUUCUUGAUUGGAUUUACAUUCUCCCAGCCCUUCUUGAUCUCAUCUGUUCUCAACUGGCUUGAUAAUCCACAUAGCGCAAGCAAUGAAGGCUACGAUGUUGUACCGGUUUGUGACAAUGUUUCGGGGGCGGCCUCAUCGAUGGUAUACGACCAUGCCCUGCACAUCCCAGAUGGCACCCUAAGUGAUCGUUCUGCCACAAUCACUCUAAUGACCACCGACAUUGACCGCAUCAUCGCAUGUCUACUCGAGUUGAAUGAAUUCUGGUCGCGGACAAUUGAAGUGGGCAUUGGCAUUGCGCUACUUGCGCUUCGGCUGGGUUGGGUUUGCCUGAUGCCAUUAGCAAUCGUUCUCGUAUCUAGUGGAGGAACUGUCUACAUCUCGAAGCAUAUAGGAGGACACCAGAAAAUAUGGGUGGUUGCCGUGCAGGAACGCAUCGCGAUCACCCGUUCAAUGCUGGAAGGUAUUCUAACAGUCAAGGGGACUGGGUUGGGUCAAACCUUUAUUCGCCUUGUACAGAGGAAGAGAGUUCAAGAAACCCGUCAAAUGGCCAAGUACCGAUGGAGUAUCGUCUGGAAGAAUAUGGUCCAGAAUCUGCCUUGGGCCCUAGCGCCAGCUUUGACCUUCGUCAUCUACGCUGCUCAAGGAAACGAAAUCAAUGCUACCAAUGCGUUCAGCAGUCUUUCUAUCAUAACUCUUCUCACCAACCCAGCUUCUAAGCUAUUAAGUGCGAUUCCUUCCAUUACGGCUGCGAGCGGAUCUUUCGAUAGAUUACAAUCAUUCCUUCUGCUGGAAACCGGUCCUCAACACCCAGUGGAUGGCGUUUUCCGCACAAGGGGAACGGAAAUUGAGAGUUCUUCGCAUAUCGUCGAAGCACAGAGCAUAAGUUUCAAGGGCCCACAAGAUACUGGUAGCCUUGAAACACCUGUCAUCUCUAUGCAAGGUCUCAGCAUCCGCCCAUCCGCAUCCUCAAAGGUAGUGUUGAGAGAUGUUAGUUUACAGGUCCCUCGCGGAGCGCUGGUCAUCAUACAAGGCCAAGUCGGAUCGGGAAAAUCGACCUUGCUUCGGGCUAUUCUUGGCCAAGCAGUGUGCGAGUCAGGAUCUAGAACAGUGACCAAUCGACAACCGGCAUUCUGCGCACAAACACCUUGGGUCCCAAGUGGCACCAUCCGGGAUGCAAUUUGUGGAACCUUCUCAGCGGGUCAAGUGAAGGAUGGCGCUUUUGAUGAAAGGUGGUACACAGCUGUUCUUCACGCAUGUGAUCUCAAUUCAGACCUGGAUCUCCUUCCAGAGGGAGACGCUAUGCAAAUUGGACACAGAUCCGGCCAUGUACUGAGCGGUGGUCAAAUGCACCGUGUUGCCCUUGCUCGAGCGGUAUAUGCUCGUAGGAAGCUUUUGUUAUUGGACGACAUAUUCAGCGCACUGGACAGCAAGACCAAGACUACUAUCAUAACGCGUCUUUUGGGAGUCGAGGGACUACUCCGAAAGACAAAUUCCACCAUUGUUUUGGUCACGCAUGAAGUCGAGCACCUGCCGUGUGCGGAUCAGAUUUACGUUCUUUCACAUGGGUGUCUACAUCAGCAAGAGCCCAGUAAGGGGAAUGUCUACCAAGAAAUCGGGUCUGAUGUUGUGGAGGCUCAGGGCUCGAAUGGAACCCCAGAGCUGGAGAUAGAACAUAAAGCCGCCAUGCUCUCCGAUGCGAAUGAGAUCGACGAUCUCAGGAGGGCAACAGGGGACUCUGCUGUCUACAGGUACUAUUUGCGCUACGUUGGGUGGACCAACGCUGUGAUAUUUGUCUUCUUCGUGAUAAUGAAUGUGUUCUCUAGCACAUACAGUCACAUUUGGCUUCAGCAAUGGGCCGACCGUGGGGGAGCCCAAAAGCGACUCUAUGUCACUGUGUAUUUCUUGCUUGCCAUUUGCAACACUAUCGGAAAUGGUGGUUAUGUUUGGGCUAUCCUCAUUCUGAUCUCGCCCUCGACAGCACGCCGGCUUCAUUACGUCAUACUGAAGACUGUUUUAAUGGCAACGCCACAAUUUCUAGCCACUGUCGACAUCGGGUCAAUACUAAACCGAUUUAGCCAGGAUAUGACCCUGAUAGAAACCGACUUGCCUAUUGGCAUCCUAGUCACGGUCUCAAAUCUAUUCUCAUCAAUUGCCGAUGCUGCAUUAAUUGCGACCGGAUCAAAGUACAUGGCAAUAUCUGUGCCGUUCCUGAUCAUCUCCGUCUGUUUGUUGCAGCAUUUCUAUCUCAAGACAUCACGACAAGUUCGACUCCUGGACCUGGAAAGCAAAAGUCCGUUGUACUCCCAUCUACUUGAUACGGUCGAGGGUCUUGCUACAAUCCAAGCAUUUGGCUGGGAAGCAGACUUUCGGACCGCGAAUUCAAUAUUGUUGGAUGCUACCCAGCGCACGUAUUAUAUGCUUCAUUGCACCCAGCGUUGGCUAACCUUAGUCUUGGACCUCGUCGUCGCUGCCGAGGCGGUGAUUGUUGUCACCUUAGCAGUGUCUUUGAGACAUACCACAAGUGUCGGGUUGCUUGGAGUGUCGCUCAAUAGCGUCCUUGCCUUCAACGGUAGCCUUUCCUCUCUAAUAUCGGGUUGGACACAAUUGGAGAUAUCUCUUGGCUCAAUUUUACGCGUCAAACAUUUUGAACUCACCGCACCGUGUGAGGACUCUACUGAGCAAGAAACAAUUCCCGUCGACUGGCCAGGUCAUGGAGCCAUUGCGAUCUCAGGGAUGUCUGCGCACUAUAAUACUGAAACAACGACAUUGAACAAUGUGUCUCUGAAAUGUUCGCCAGGUCAGAGAAUCGGUAUCUGCGGACGUACUGGAAGUGGGAAGAGCUCUCUGCUAUCGACAUUACUGGGCAUGCUCACCAUGACCAGCGGAUCAAUUGUUAUCGAUGACAUUGAUAUCGCUAAUAUUCCCCCUGAUAUAGUCCGCGAAAGGCUUGUGACCAUUUCCCAAACACCAUUAAUCAUGGUUGGCUGUACAAUCAGAUUCAAUCUAGAUCCCACUGAGAGCCUCCCUGAUACAGUAAUCAUCACGGCUCUCGACCGAGUUGGAAUCUGGGGUGGUGUGCUACUUGAAAGGGGCGGCCUAGAUGCCAAAAUAAACGACACUCUCUCGCUAUCUCGAGGCGAGCAACAACUGCUACAACUUACUCGUGCAAUGCUCAAAAUACAAGCAACCAACGCUAGGAUCUUGUUGAUAGAUGAAGGCACCAGCAGCGUCGACAUGGAAACCGAUUCCCGUGUGCAAGAUCUUCUCCAACAGGAUCCCUUUCGUACAUGCACAGUCCUUACGGUUGCACAUCGUGUUCACACUUUUUUGAAUUAUGAUCUGGUUGUUGUUCUAGAUCGAGGAGAAGUACUAGAGAUGGAUACGCCCCUCAUUCUGAGUAAUCGGAAAGAUAGCAUGUUUAGCAGCCUUCUCAAUGGUGCCGGACAUUAG